AUGAUCAGCAUCCCAGAUGUGGUUGAAAGGAAACAUAUUAACAGUGUUUUGAAGCCAGAUUUCUCGACUCUGCAUCCGUGUCAUUGGAUUUCACAAAAGAAUUAUCCUUACACACAAAAGGACAAUAACAUGUUUUUGAACGGAGAAGAUGGUAAAUAUUCAUUUUGUUCCGUUUUGUGCGAUAUAUACUGGCCGAAUAACCAGCCAAUGUAUGCCUAUCCAAGAUUUGUUGCUCAGAGGCUUAUCAAAGAGCUGGAGGAUAAAUAUAAUCUACGGUUAUAUUCAGCUUUUGAACCGGAGUUUAGGGCUUUUGUAAAGGGAAGCUAUGAGUCAUCGUGUUUAGAACCAAAGUCGAACGACGUUACCCAAUUUAUUGACCUUAAAAAGCCAAUCCCUUGGACAAAUUUUAGAGACAUGUACAGAACAAGUUUACUGUCCGUUUAUGAAAACUAUUUUGCGGAUAUUGAUUACAAUAUGCAGCUAGCAGGGAUCGAUAUACAAGAUUACAGUAAUGAAGAUGGCGAAGGACAGUUAGAAUGUCCGUUAAUACCAACAUGGGGGUUGUCGGCUGCAGAUAAUUAUUUUAUAUUGAAACAGGCUGUAAAAGAAAUUGGAACUAAACAUGGGAUGGAAAUUUCGUUUAUGACUACACCAUUACUGGAUUCCAGCUCUAGUGGGUGUCAUUACAACCAUUCACUGUGGUACUCUGAUAAUAAUCGUAAUGCAUUUUACGAUGAUAAAGAUCCUGAUCGAUUAUCUACUCUAGCUCGUCACUGGAUUGGAGGCAUCUUGGAACAUUUACCAGCUAUGUUAGCUAUUUCUUGUCCAACAGUAAACUGCUAUAGAAGACUGCAUAAAAAUCUUGCUCCCUCCUGCGUGAAUUGGGAUUUUCAUGAUAGGUAUGUAUCAAUUCGUGUAAAAAACUUUAAUGAGAAACAGACAUACAUAGAAAAUCGUAUACCAUCGUCCGCAUCUUGUUCUUACCAUGUGCUUGCUGCCACAAUAGCAGCUGGACUAGAUGGCUUGGAACGUCAGAUACACCCUCCACCUUCAGGUUUGAAACUAGCAAAUGGUCAGAUUGGUGUCUGUAAAGUACUUCCCAAUACAAUUCAACAGGCUCUACAUAGUCUUAUGGAUGACAAAAUACUUGUGAACAAGUUGGGAGCAGAUUUUGUUGAUUGGUAUAUUCAAGUAAAAAAGAAUGGAGAUUUGUCAUCACUUGGUCAUUUAAAUAUUCAUGAUAAUACUGAAGAAACACUGGCUUAUGAAAGAUAUGAAUAUUUCAACUUUAUGUGA